GAAGAAUAUUUAAAUUAGAUACUGGUAUACACACGCGAAGAAAGGAAAGUAGUCGUAUACACCACUAGAAGAGUAGACCACACAAAUUGGGUUCGUAUCUAUAGCUUAAUAGAUUCUUAAGUUUGUUAUCCCGGCAAGGAUUAUGAGUUUAGGUAUCUACAACCACCAAUUUGAAUAGAUCUGUAAGUACCGAAAACGAUCUGUAAAGAAUAUGGAAGCCUGCACUUGGCCUGCGCCACCGUCGGGAGAGUUCUCGAUUUCACCCUCAUUAGUCGAUGUUUUUGAUAACGAUGAAAUCGACUGCCAGGUAAUGUGUAAAGUUGGGAAGGGUACCUGUUUGAGAAAUGUCAUCUUACAGCUUUCGGCGGAAGUAGUAUACCCUAGACGGAAUGGCGACGUUCAGAUGCGCAUCCAAGUCGUGUCAGACGAAUUGCUGUUGCAGGCAGACAGUAUGGAGGCAGCAACGGACCCUCACACUUUUGAUGCUUCUUUUGUCAUCCCCUCACGUUCUCCUUCCACGUUCGAAACGAGACACUUAUUUUCAAUCAAAUGUCAAGGUUUUAUUAUACACGCACGUGUCGAAUGGCGCGUCCGUUUGUUUGGUGAGGUUUGGAGUACGAUUGACUCAGGUGAAGACCCAGUGGUAUCUCUUCUGGCCGAGUCAGAACUGACAAAGUAUUCUUUGUACACAAAGAACUCGAAACCGGCCACCGUGGAGGGUGUUUCGGUGGCGAAGGUAGGGAAAAUAUUUAGAAAAAGUCACAGUAGCGGUAAAGUCGGCACUGAUUCACCCUCCGCUUCCGCGACUUCACUACUUGGCUCUUCUACAAGCACUUUAAAUCAACGUCGUAAUUCACGUAGAUCCAACAUGAAUUCUAGCGAACCUUGCUCAGAUGCGGAAGAUUCAGACUAUGAUUCGGCUGAUAGUGAAAGUCUUACGCCCUCGUUCGACUCAGUGACUAGGGAAACCUUCGCAAAUUCACUGGCUGGCGGAGACGUGCAGAAGAGCGACUUACAAUUCAGUUAUGCUCAGCAUGGCGCCAGUGACGAGAAUGAUUUCGAGUUGGGGAAGAUGCAACGCGACGAGGAUAUCGAGGUUGACAUGUUGGGUGCACUAAACACAAUACUGAGCACUGACUAUGACCAACCUGAUAUUCCUGAAAACAAGGAGUGUUUGAUGCUGCGUGCUAGUCUGGACGAAACUGAAGCUGUCAGCAAUAGGAAGCCGAUUAAAUUAACAGUUUCGAUUCUCAAUAUGAGCAGGUUUCUGAGGGUUCGCGCUAUUGGCGUGCAGUUGUUACAGAAUGUCACAUAUCUCCUUGUGGGCAAGAGGCUCGGAAAGACUACCAUGGUAUCGCGACAGAAAAUCAAAAAUCCCUCGGUUGCACGAGGCGUGUCCACAGACUUUAAUUUUUCCAUCAAUCCGUCUUCUGGGGCCUCGUAUAAUUCAUCGCAGUUCUUUAGCUUUGCUGGUGAAAGUCUGGAGAGUGAAGUUCCCGCCGCAACUAGCCACGUGAUCGGGCCCAGCGGAUUUUUACUUAUACGUGUGGGUUACAUGCUUGAGAUACGAUGUAGUGUUUGGGGAGGGAACAGAAUUGUAAUGCGAAUACCCGUAGUGAUGGAAAGUGGCGCGCCAGGUUAUACAACCGAUCCCUCUCCUAAAGCAGAAUCCUCUAGUUUGAGGUUGCAAUCUUCCCAGCCGACCCCGCAAAUGGCCACAGCCCUAACUACUGCUUCCAUGAGCAUGAGAAGGAGUAUUAACAUGAAUGCCUUGACUCAUAGGAGGUCAUCGAAUCUUGCGAACGGUCGGGGCAGUCCUGAGUUACCUCGCACUGGUAGUCACAAUAGCUGUCCAAGUUCACCUGCAAACCGCAGUAGGGGACGGGCCGCCACAACUCCUUCAACGCUCCGACAGGUGGUGGAUGUCAAUGGGAGCCUGAUACCACCAUCGGAUGGCACCGCCGCACAUCCGUCGUGUAGCAAUUGCGAGGAAGCAGACGGCGGCUGCGGCCCAGACUGCGAAGUCAAUAGCGAUAGAUCAGAGAAUGACGGGUCGAACCGGACCAAGACAUCCAGCCGAGGGUUAUCAAACAGCGCGAGUAGUUCAACCAACAACAUGACAGCGCCCGGCAACUCUCGACUGAGCAAUGGCGGCCAGAGGAUCGGCACUCUGAUAACACAACAGAGCGGGUCGGCUAUAUCCCUUCCGGCCCAGAUGCCGAGUCCCGUCCCAAACGUUAGGCGCCGAACUAGUUUGUCACACAAUGUAGGUACAAGCGGCUCAGAAUCGCCUAUGCAGUCGCCGGGGCAUGGUACGCGAUCGCCUGCACGGUGUACGUCUUUUGACUCGUGGAGUAUGAGCUUACCGCAGUACGACCAUAUUGAUAGUUUAUCUACGAAAUCAUUUGGAAAUCUGCAACAACACGAGUCCCCGAGCGCUUCUCCUAGGUUAAGGAAGGACACGUCCAUGCGUGGCAGUGGGAGUCUAGCAAAGAGACUAACACACAGGUUGGCUAAUAUGUCAUCUAUGCAACGCGGGUCAUCGACCUCUAAGCUGACUUUGGAGUCGGUAAAAUCCUUGCAAACAACAAUAGAUCAGGAUGCAAGGGGUUCGUUGCAAAGGUCUACGAGCACCGCAUCAUUCGAUGUUGAUAGCGAUGGGCAUACCACAGCACGGCGAAAUACCAUAAGCGAGCUACCAGACUACAACGAACUAUUUAGGGGUGUGUAGAAGUCAUGCAGCUGAGCUUGGCCAGUUUGGAAUUUACGAUUGUGCAAUUAACUUAGAUGAAGACUGCUGUGAACACUCGGAAACAAAUGAGCGGUGCUUCUUUGUAGGCGAAAUAGUAGACAAGAUAGCAAUACGAUAUCCUCACAGUUGGUGUUUCUGGGAUUGUGCAACUUGACCCUUUUAUGUACUCUCGAUACGAGAACAUUUGUCGAGGUAUUGCUCGGGUUACAAAUACUUGAGUGUACGAAAGCGCGCCAGACAUGUUCAGAGACCUGGGAAGUAUGUUCGAUACCCUGGUACCGAAGUUGGUUUUUUUGGUGGUCUCUUCGUGAUGGCUUUCUGAUGGUCUGAUAUCAAGCAUAUCUAUGCCUUCUGAGAUAUAUUUAGCAAGCUUACAUUCAGGGGGUCGUAGAAGUGUUCGUGGAGACCGAGAAAAUGCCUGGUUUGUGGAAUGUGGAUGGUAUCGAAUAGUGUUCACUCGAUAAAAGCUAAAGCAUCCAAGGCAAAACUGAUUGCGGAUUAGGUGACUAGGCCGUGUUUGAAGGAAUGUUGCUUCCUUCAGAAUAUUUCCAGUUCGACCAAUCAGUUAAAUCAAUAUUCUUG